CGAAGUCGACGCCGACGUCGUCGACAUCACUGAAGUUCCGAUGCACACGUGCCGUGUGCAAACUCCGGACGGUAUGACUAGGACGGUUCCGAGACGGGGACGGCCAUUCGAAUCCAGUAUUAGUGCGGUGUAGAGUGCUCGGUGCUUUUUAACUUAACCAUCCAUCUCAUUUCUUAUCUACCGUAAUCUUCGUUGCUCUUAUACAUACACAUACAUCCACGUUUUUCUGUGUCUUUCUUCGAAAUACUCGUACGUACCGUUAGUGUAUAUACAAGAUGCCUUUCAAACCAGUCGAGCAUCCAAAAUGCCCCAAAUGCGGCAAAUCUGUUUACGCCGCUGAGGAACGAGUUGCCGGAGGAUUGAAGUGGCACAAAAUGUGCUUUAAGUGCGGUCUUUGCGGAAAGCUUCUCGACUCGACGAACUGCUCCGAGCACGAGGGUGAGCUUUUCUGCAAAGUCUGCCAUGCCCGCAAGUUCGGCCCUAAGGGCUAUGGUUUCGGUGGUGGCGCCGGUUGUCUUUCCAUGGACCAAGGCGAACAUCUGAAGAGUAGCGAGGAACUUGCGAGAGGAUCGAACGCUGUAUUGGAACCACGUGCCAUUGCAAAAGCACCCGAGGGUGAGGGAUGUCCUCGUUGCGGAGGAUACGUUUAUGCUGCUGAACAAAUGUUAGCACGGGGAAGGGGUUACCACAGGCAAUGCUUCAAGUGCAAAGUCUGUCAACGGUCUCUGGACUCGACGCUUCAUUGCGAUGGUCCGGAUCGCGAUAUAUAUUGUCGAGCUUGCUAUCCGAAGAAAUUCGGUCCGCGAGGUAUUGGUCAUGCUGGGGUUAUGUGGAUCGGCCUGCAGUGCGAUAUUGAGGAUGAGGGUGAUGCCGCUCCUCGUACUACGGUUAUCGACACAGCCAUCAUCAAGGCUCCACCUGGCAAGGGAUGUCCACGUUGCGGAGGUGUAGUCUUUGCCGCGGAACAGGUGCUUGCAAAGGGACGCGAAUGGCAUAGAAAAUGUUACAAGUGUCGUGACUGUACCAAAACGCUUGACUCGAUCAUUGCUUGCGAUGGUCCUGACAAGGACGUCUAUUGCAAAACUUGUUACGGGAAGAAAUGGGGACCUCACGGUUAUGGAUUUGCCUGUGGUUCUGGUUUCUUGCAGACCGACGGUCUAACGGAGGAUGAAAUUUCAGCGAGUCGACCUUUUUACAAUCCGGACACGACUUCCAUCAAAGCACCAGCCGGACAGGGCUGUCCUCGUUGCGGUGGCAUGGUAUUCGCAGCUGAACAACAGCUAGCUAAGGGUACCAUGUGGCAUAAGAAAUGUUUCAAUUGUGCCGAAUGUCAUCGUCCUCUUGACUCGAUGUUAGCUUGCGAUGGCCCGGACAAAGAAAUUCAUUGCCGUUCCUGUUACAGCAAACUUUUUGGACCUAAAGGAUUUGGCUUUGGACAUACUCCUACUCUCGUUUCGACGAAUGGUGAUCAUGCACCAUCCUACAUUGAUUCGAAGCCUCAGCUUGGGCAGAAACGUAAUGACGGACACGGUUGUUCUCGUUGCGGUUAUCCAGUCUACGCUGCUGAGCAAAUGAUUUCGAAGAAUCGUGUCUGGCACAAGCGUUGCUUUAGCUGUGCAGCUUGCCAUCGUUCCUUGGACUCGACGAAUCUCAACGAUGCACCGGAUGGUGAUAUUUAUUGCAGGGGUUGCUACAACAGGAAUUUUGGACCUAAGGGUGUCGGUUUUGGCAUGGGCGCGGGUACACUAACGAUGGCUUAAAUUUUACCGUCUUUAACAACAUUCGAUGCGCGUGCACACACAUACACAUACACGCACGCACGCACGCACACACUUAUACAAAUUUACACGUUCUACACGUACAUAAGACAUCAUUGACACGAACAUCUUCUAAUUAUACGGUAAAUUUAUUUCAUCAAUUUUUAAUGGGGGCAAAAAAAAAGAAAAUAACGGUUUUAUCUUCUCUCUCGAAAUUUGAUCUUCCGUAGUGUUAUAUAUCCAUAUAAAUACAUCCUAUAUACAUACAUCUGUCUAUACGCUAUCUAUGUUAAAGAAAAAAUAAGAAAUAAGUGAGAAAUAUUUUUAAUUGAAUAGAACGAACGACGAGCACUCUGGUCUUUAAAAAUGAAAUGGAAAAAAAAAAAGAAAAAAAUUAAUACAUCCACCAUCGCCCGUCAUUAUAUUUUCGAUCAUAGCUAGAAAACUAUUAUUAUAUGGAACUAAUAAUACUUCUAACGCGAUAUUAUAAAAUAAUAAUAAUAAUACUCAUAAAUAUCGUUUAGCUUUAUCUCUUAAUAUCAUCAAUUUUGCUGUCACUUUCAAGCUGGAAUUACGAAAACGAGCGAACGAACGUAAUGCUACAAUGAAAUAAUAUAUACGUCGAUGAUAAUCGAAUAAACGAACUUUCUGCGUGAAACAAAGUACAAUUUCCUUCUUUUUAUCAUUGAUAAUUGUCCGCGGUGCGUAAAAGCUACACAAUGUUCCAUCGAUGUUAUCAUUCAGAAAUGAAAUGCGAGAAUUUAAAAGAGAGGGAUGCGAGGAUGGCUAUUAUUUACAUUUAACACACACUAAACGCACAUUCCUCCUCUUUGUAUCAUGUGCGCUAUUGUGCGGUUAUAUGUGAUCAUAGAACCUUGUAUCACUGCCUAUCACAGAAAGUCUUCGCUUUACGAAUAAUUCUUUAUAUAUUUCUUUUUUAAAUAUAUAUGUAUUAAAAAAAAAAAGAAAAAAUAUAUAUAUAUAAAAGAAACGAUAAUAACAUGGGGAGUGCUCUUUAAACGUUAAUUCUCUACGUUAAAUGUUCGACUCUCCAUUUCCGAUAAAAAGGACUUUCGUGUUAAUUAAGGUUAUUCGCUUGAGAGUUAAAUAAUUUAAUAGGUGAUAAAUAUACGUGAUUUAAGAAAGAGAGAAAGAGAAAAAGAGAGAAAGAGAGAAAGAGAGAAAGAGUGAGAGAGCGAGCGAACGAGAGAGGGUGAGAAAGGACCAUUUAUAGGCAAAAUGUUUUAAUCCAUAGUUAUAUUAUAUAAUACGUAGGAAAAGCAAAUUAAUGGAAGUAUCAUCAGGUGUGUCUGUUACAAGCCGCCAUAUAAAAUGAACACUGAAACGUAUAUACAUGUAUAUAUAUGUAUUACGACGCGAUACGAUCUGAUCGAACGAAAUUUAUUAUACAUACAUACACGUCAUAUCUCAAUCGUGUAAUCAGGAAAAAGAAUGAUGUAAAUCGAUUAUAAGACAAAAUCUUAUAUUAUUGUAAUUUUCAGUGAAUAUAUAUAUUCGAAAGUAAAGUGA